AUGGCGGCUCCCCAAGUUGCAUGCCAUGAUCAAGUUAAGUCUCUUUGUAUCAGCGGUGGGACGCACGGAAAUGAACUCAGUGGCGUUUACCUGGUGAAAAACUGGCUGAGAAAUGGUGCUAUCGAGAUUAAAAGAAAUUCUUUUCGAACUCAUGCUGUACUAGCGAAUCCCAGGGCUGUCGAACGAUGUGUGCGCUUCAUUGAUGUGGAUCUCAACAGACAGAUUAAACCAGAAAAUCUGUUGUCUUCUGUUAAGAAAGAGGAGGAAGGUUGUCCAUAUGAAAUACAGAGAGCUCGAGAACUGUAUUCACAAUUUCAAAAUGAGGCCGGAAGAAAGGUUAUUGAUUUCUGGUUAGAUCUUCACAACGCAACUGCAAAUACGGGGUCCUUUUUUAUAAUGAGCAGCUCUAUGGAUCCAUUCCCGUUACAUGUAGCAGCACAAAUGCAAAUAGAGUUCCCUGAGCUACGCAUUAUGCUCUUGAAGGAGGGGAAUUUUGAAGGGCACCAUUUUGGAGGGGGCCAACACGAAAACAGCAAAUGUGCCUCUGAAUUUCCCACCCAAGGUGUUCGAGAUUUAGGUGUGGAGGGCAUGGGUUUGGAAAUGGGCCCAUUGGCACACGGCACUUUGAACACUGCUAUUUAUAAUUUGGCAAAGAAAAUAGUUUGUUGUGUGCUCGACCAGGUGGACAAGUUUAAUAAUGGCCAUGAAUUUGAGGAAAAGGAAAUAGAAGUUUUUAGAUCACUGGGCAACAUCUACUUUCCCACUGAUGCAGAAGGUGAACUUUCAGCCAUGGUAUCACCAAAUGUGGAAGGAAAUGACUGGAAACCACUGUAUCCUGGUGACCCACUCUUCCUGUCAUUUUCUGGUGAGACCAUCCCCUUCACAGGGGAAUCUGUGGUGUGGCCAGUUUUUAUAAACGAGGCCGCAUAUUUUCCAAACAACAUAGCAAUGACGAUCACUACAAAGGAAAAGAUAACUGUUCCAACACUGAAGUUGAAAGCAAAUUAAAAUUUGACUGUUCCUUACUUUGUGAACUCACAUUAGUGGUAAUUAAGGGUCUCACAGUUAGCCAAUUGUAGGCCUGGUCUCCCUUCAACUCUUAGAAGUGAUUUACAUAUAACUUCUCCCUACAAUAUCCAUACAAUAUCCAGUAAACAGGUAAUGAGAAUACUCAAACUUAUCAGGUAGAAGUUGUUAUCCUCCUCUUCCUAGGGAGUCUGGUUUUUUUGUUUUUUUUGUUUUUGUUCCUAAGAGUCAACCAAUUUGAAGAUAAUUACAUUUAUGUAUAUCAUGAGUUCCAUGAAAUUUGUAUAAAGGCCACCACAGUACUUGAGGGUAGAUCGACCUGCUAACCAGUUGCUUUUGCUUCAUGCCUUGUGAACAGUGUUUUAGAGGAAAAGGCUGUUCUGUACUCCAAUAUAAACUAAUAGAAAGUGAUUUAUAGAGUAAAAAGUUAACCAUUAUCCUUUGUUGCAAUUUCUCUUUAUACCUAUUUCUAGUUUUAAGUUUCAGUUAACAGGAGUCAUGCAAAACCAUCACUGUUUUGUUCCUUUUUGAUUUAUCAUUGCAAUUUUGUCAACAGCAUACAGUAUAAAGACCUAUGUAACCCAAAAACAAACCAAAUUGGAUCAUAUUUUCUAUUCAUAAUUGGUAAACUUUAAGCAGUUAUUGGAUGAAGUUGAUCAUGUUAUCAAAAAUUAUCAAGGUUGAGGUCAGAGUUAUGUGCCAAAGCUGAAGGCAGAUAAUGCAGACACAAGGUUUGAUAAUUCAUGAUAUCAUAUGAAAACCAAAUUCAAUAACUGUUUUAUUGAAUAUUUUUUAAGCAAUCUCAAAAAAAAAAAAAAAAAACACUUCACUCAGAGUUUGCAAGAGUUUGAGAAUGCUAGAGGGACAAGUGGCUUGGAAACUAGGCAGACUUUGAACUUGACAUGAUAACCUCUGCUGUAGAUAAUUGGGUCAACAUGGCAACUUCACAAACUAUACAUAGCAUAUCAACUGUAUGCUCUUGACAGAUCAGAAUUCUCAUAGUAAGUUUAAUGGAUAAGAUCAGUUAUUUAACAAUUAUUCCACGAGCGCGCAUUGGAUAUGAGAUGAUAAAU